UGUUGGUCGAGAUUGUCGAUUUGCAGCUCUGCACGUGAAUACUUCAUGUGCUGCUCGUGAUGCCCAUUCGCAGAAAUCCGAUUUUUCUUCCCCAGUUGUCAUUGUCUUGAGUGUUUCUGCUGCCGAGGUUAGUAAGUUUUAUGUUUCAGUUGACCGUCGGCGAGCUUCGGAGCACUCGCGGUGUUCUGCAAACUUUUCCGCAGAUUCUCUUAGGGCUCAUUGGUUGUGCCGACUUGAAAAGAUUGUACAGAGUGUAUCAUGUAGAUUACGGUUCCUGGGCGUUACUGUUGCUGCGAAUUUAGCUCGAAGUGUGGUGUGAAGUGGUCGAGAGGUUGACGGAGAAACGAGUGCGGAGUGAGAUAGGGUUGAGAGGCAAGAGCAACAUGGCAGCGUCCGCGGAUGCGAGUUACGGGACGCUGUUGCGGAAGCAGAUGUUGGCGGGUGGGUUGGCGGGCAUGCUAGCGGACGGAGUAGUGUACCCGAUGAUGACAGUCAAGUCCAGGCUUAUGGUGCAAGGAGGCGCUAGCAGCAGCGGCACUGCUGCAUUGUACAUGUACAAGGGUCCCCUGGAUGCCAUGUUCCAAAUUGGUACCAAGGAGGGUCUGAGGACGCUGUACAAAGGAUUUUCCACUGUGACGCAAAUUGCCCCAACGCAGGCUAUGUACAUGGCAACGUACCAAACGUCGAAGAGGUAUCUUCCAGGUGGACCUGACAACCCUUUGACGCAAUUCGGAGGGGGUGUGCUUGCGACGCUUGUGCAAUCCUCGCUUAUGGUGCCUGUGGAAGUCAUUAGACAGAGGCAGAUGAUUCAAACUGGAGGAGAAGGCGCGUACACGGGUUCUGUGCACGCCGUCAAGGCCAUCGUUGCACAAGAAGGAAUCGGAGCUCUGUACAGGGGCUUCCUAUUAGCGCAGUUGGUGUGGGGUCCAUACAACGCUGUCUACCUGCCGCUGUGGGAGGCGAACAAACGAUUAUGUGUGAGAUUGUCCGGUGCUGAAUCAGUCGAGAAGCUGGGCAUACAGUACGAGCUGGGAAGCGCCUUCGUGAGUUCAGCAUUUGCCGCUGGACUAACAAAUCCUAUGGACGUGAUCAAGACGAGGUUGCAAGUUCAGGGGAAGAACAAGCAGUACAGCGGUGCCUGGGAUGCUGCGAAGAAGAUUUAUGCGCAUGAAGGUGUUAAAGGUCUCACUAGUGGAAUCACCUCUCGCAUGCUCUGGGUUGCCCCUUCAGCAACUAUCAUGUUCACAACUUACGAUCAAAUUAUGAAGCGCUUGAACGAGUAGGAGCCCUACAACAAAAGAAAACAGCAAAUACGUUCCUGGUGGUAUUACCGCACCAGCAGGAUAUCAAACUAGGCAGAUUGAGCGGCACAACAAGAUUGUAAACUCGGAGAUGUUUCUCUGUUUCUUCUGGAGUAAUUUUUUAUCGGAGAACCUAAAAUUAUAACAACUUUUUCUGUUAUCGCGCAACGCAAACGUCACGGGGAUCACCUUUCGACAUUGUAAUUAUUGACAUGGUUCACAUUUUGGCAGGAGAUCAGUUCGUUCUCGUAUUUAGGAGUAAAGGAGAAAAAAUAUUAGUACUUUUCAAUUCAUAGGCUUUUAGAAAAGAAAAUCAGAUUCGACAGUAUAGUUGAAUUCAGACUGCGGACGGAUAAUUUCCAGCAGCUUUAGAGAAGUGGAGGUAUUGGAACUGGGCUAGUACGAUCUCUAUGGAGAAAAUAAGACCAAGGAUCGGUCACUUGAGUAACGAUUCGUGUAUAUUUAUUAUUGACCUCAUUCAAGUCUAUUUCAUGUUCUGAUAACAGAAAGGAACAUUGGAGGACACUUUUCACCAAC